AUCCGAAGAUGAUCAUAACAGCUGUGGAGACACUCGCACGAUUCGAGAAGGACGUGAAGCGGACCGACAUCGGGUUCCUGGCGAUAGCAACAGAGGUGGAGAAUGACGGAGAGAAAGCCUCGGAAACUCCAGAAAAAAUCAAGGAAUUACUGAAGGAGUUCCAAGACAUUCUUCCUGACGAUCUUCCGAACGAGCUACCGCCAUACCGAACGCAUCAACACGAGAUCGUGGAGGAACCGGGUUCGAAGCCGACCUUCCGAGCACCAUACCGGCUCAGCCCUACGGAGCUGACUGACACGAAAAAACAGAUCGAGUAUCUCCUAGCCAAAGGACUCAUCCGGCCAUCCACUUCGCCGUACGGUGCCCCAGUACUCUUCACACCGAAACCGGACGGAAGCCUGCGCAUGUGCAUCGACUACCAAGCUCUUAACAAGCAGACCAUCAAGAAUAAAUAUCCGAUACCGCGAAUCGAUGACCUGCUUGACCAGCUUCGGGGAGCUACGGUAUUUUCCAAACUAGAUCUGCGGUCCGGAUACUGGCAGAUACGGAAGGCGGACAACUCUAUCCACAAAACUGCUUUUCGAACUCGGUACGGAUCGUACGAGUAUUUGGUAAUGCCGUUCGGACUCACCAACGCGCCGGCAACGUUCCAAGCCGAAAUGAACCACAUUCUACGACCACUUCUGGACGAAUGCGUGGUGGUGUACCUGGACGACAUACUCAUCUACUCGCGCGAUAUGAAGCAACACGUCGAACACCUGCGACGCGUCUUCGAAAUUCUUCGACGAGAACGAUUCUACGUCAAACUGUCCAAGAGGGAAUUCGCCCUUGAAAAGGUCCAGUUCCUAGGGCACAUGGUGAGCGCUCAAGGAGUUCACGUCGACCCCAAGAAAAUCGAGGCCGUACGCACGUGGAAGACACCCAAGAACGUGAAGGAGUUGCAGCAGUUCCUAGGCUUCGCUAAUUACUACAACAGGUUCGUGCCACAAUAUGCGAAAAUCGCAGCACCACUCACGAAUCUGCUGAAGAAGAACACGCCCUAUAAAUGGGAACCAAAGCACCAGGAAGCCGUGGAGCAGCUGAAACAAGCACUCACGUCCGCACCGGUACUCAUCUUGCCAGAUCCCGAACGCGACUACGUAAUCGAAGCUGACGCCAGCGACCUGGCAGUGGGGGCAGUCUUAAUGCAAGACCAGGGGAAUGGACUGCAACCAAUCGCCUACCUCAGCAAGAAACUACACGGAGCAGAACUAAACUACCCGAUACAUGACAAAGAGGCCCUUGCCAUCGUCAUCGCCUUUAAAGCGUGGAGAUGUUAUCUCGAAGGACGAAGAACAACCGUCUACACCGACCACUGCAGCCUGAAAUACUUGAAGACACAACCCAAUCUUUCCAGGCGGCAGGUCCGGUGGAUCGACUUCCUCGAGACACACUUCCACUACGACAUCCCAUGGCAAGUGGUUAGCCUAGACUUCAUCACCGGGUUACCACCUACCACCAGCAGUCAUGACGCAAUCCUUGUCGUCAUUGACAAGUUCUCCAAAAUGGGACACUUCAUCCCGACACACACGACGGCACGCACCGAGGAGACAGCACAGCUCUUCGUUCGUCAUAUCAUCUCACAGCAUGGCAUCCCAACCACACUCAUUUCCGACCGAGACCCCAAGUUCACCAGCAAGUUCUGGAAGGAACUUAUGUCUCUUCUCGGGACCAAACUCGGUAUGUCAUCCGCAUACCAUCCGCAGACAGACGGACAGACCGAGCGCCUCAACCAAAUUGUCGAGCAACUCCUCCGAGCAGCCUGCAAGGACGACAUCUCCAAAUGGGACUUACACCUGCCCGUACUAGAGUUUGCUUACAACAAUGCUACGCAUGCCGCUACUGGACAGACGCCGUUCUUCCUCUGCUACGGACGCCACCCACUCACACCACAGAAACCGACAACAUCCGCUACGGUCACUCCUGUUACCUUCCGCUUACGCCUGCCAGCUACCUGGAAGAUUCACAACGCCUUCCAUGUCCAGCUUCUGAAGCCCUACCGGGAUCCGAACACGAUCUUCGUCGGACGCCAACCGCCGCCGCCGACGCCCGUCCUCGUCCACAAUGAACCCGAGUACGAGGUCGAGUCCGUGCUAGCACACCGCCGACGUCGGAAUGGCACCAUGGAGCUUCUCAUCCGUUGGAAGGGUUAUGAUCCUUCUGAGGACAGCUGGGUCCCUGAGUCCAACAUGGGUAACGCCCGUCGCCCUCUGCAUGACUACCUUGUCAAGCAGGGUGUUACUUCUACCACCCAGCUUUGAGGGGGGGAAGUGUGAGAGUACGACCCCG